AUGAUCACCAGAGUGGGCGAAGAAGACGUGUUUCAUGAUCACCUGGAACAGAUUCAAAACAGACAGUCUCUCUGUGAAAUCUGCCGUGGUGGGACUCGAGAAAAUACGGUUGGGCUUGCUGUUGACAUUUUGUGUCUUGACCAGAAAAACGUCUUGGCCGUGGAUAAACUUGGCCGCUUGCCGCUUCAUUACAGCGCGUUAUGCGGCCUCGAUACUGUAUGCCAAAAGAUUCUCAGUCAUGUGCAAGAUCAAGGACAAGCAUCAAGCCUCAUCCUGUCUUUAGAUGCUCAAGGAUAUACACCAUUCCAUUAUGCGGUAGCUGAGAAUCACGUGGCUGUUGCAAAGAUAUUCCUGGACACCUUGAAGGUUGAAGGUCGAUUGAGUGGCCAGCCCAGCUUCAAGAUCAUGAGUCACAUGCAAAGCCUCCUCAAUAUUGCGAUCCGGGGCUCCGCUCAUGAAGAAAGCCCAGUUUAUGUCGCAGCUGAGAUUGGACGCGAUGAUUAUCUCAAGAUCCUGCUAGAGAUCGGCAAAAAGACAAAUAUAGACGAUCCACAGUUGCCUUACGGUUGGUCUGCGUUAACUAUCGCUUGCAUAAAGGGGCACAGGAAGGCCGCCGAGCUCCUCGUGCAAGCUGGGGCGAGUCAGCGCAUACCUGAUUACCGUGGAUGGUAUGCCAUAGAACAUGUAGUCUUGAGGGGUCAUUUCUCCUUGGCUGAACUUCUGAAAUCAUGGGACAAAUCUCAAAUGACCGGCAACCCUGUUAUCAUGUCCUUGCCACCUGUUCAUCACGCGGGGUCUGAUCUUUCUGUCACUUCUGAUCACGCAAUUGUCAAUAUUGGAGUUUUGCAGAAUGGAAAACAGGUGAAGGGCGUCGAGCUCAAGAAUAUUUCCUCAAAGGACAAGAUUCUCACCGGUUUAUCGCCACCACUGGACAUGUCUGUGUCAGUGGGGAGUACUGUUAGCCACCUGGUUCACUUACCAAUCCUGAGUGAUAUGGCAAACGAACCAUUUAUAUUCCCCAUACACAAUCCAAACGAAGCUCACCUGGUCUUCAAAUUUUAUCGUCAAGGCUCGUCGUGCGGGAAAGGCGAUCUGAUAGGCAGUGCUGCGACCCUACUUCGGAGUGAAGAAGAUUACUUUGGACCAACCCGCGAAAGCCUUUUCAGGGGACAUACCAUUCCUAUUUUGGCAAAGGAGACUUCUGAGAUCCUCGGAACAGUGACCUUUACCUUCUUGAUUGCGAAACAGCCCAUGGACCUGAAAACAUCGCCACCUAUCGACAAUUAUUUCCCAGAGCGAGGAACACAACUUGUUGGUCACAGAGAUGUGCAGCUUACUCGAGACUUUGUACCCGUCAUUUUCCAUGACUUCUCUUUAAGCGAGUCAGGUACUGAUGUACCCAUCCAUGAUCUUACUUUCGAACAGGUAGGCAUCCUAAGAAUGACUAGGGUUCUGAAGGCUCACUAUGGAAGUUUAUGCACGCAAGCAAACUCCAAUUUCCCAGAGAACAUUCACAUUGGAGACAUGGAGACGGUAGUACAAAGUGCAGCCCAGAACACCAGACAACGAUCACGCUCAUUGACGACAACCUAUAUACAAGAGAUCCAUCCAGUUCUCGAAAGGAUGAGAUAUACUGUUGAUCUCAAAAAUAAAGGUUUCAAGCCAAAUACGCGAGGAUCUUUCAUCCAGGGCCCUUUCACCACGCUAAGAGAGCUGCUCGUGAAGCUUCCAGACUCUAUCAACUUCAAUGUUGAGAUAAGUAUGUCUCUCUCAGUCCAAUAUCUAUUUUUCCAGUCCUGUGGUUUGAACUUACCCGAAGAAGAAUAUCCGAGACUUCACGAAGCGAUUGAAGCCGGUUUAGCUCCAGUUGCGCUUGAGAUCAAUGAAUUCGUCGAUCGAAUACUAGACCAGAUAUUCCAAAAUGCUCGAGGACGAAAGAUAAUACUUUCCUCCUUCACACCGGAAAUUUGUAUCCUUUUGGCCAUCAAACAGAAGAGAUAUCCGGUCAUGUUCAUCACCAAUGCCGGAAAGCUUCCGGCUAGUGAUUUGGAAAUGAGAGCUUGCAGUUUGCAAGCUGCAGUCAGAUGUUCCAAACGGUGGAAUUUGGCCGGUAUUGUCUUCGCUUCCGACAUAUUACUUCUAUGUCCGAGACUUGUGGGCUAUGUGAGACAAUCAGGGUUUGUUUGCGGGUCUUAUAGCUCACUAAACAACGUUCCAGAAAACGUGAGGGUACAACAAGCGGCGGGCGUUCAGAUUUUGAUGGCUGAUAGAGUUGGUGUUGUCUCAACGGUGCUUAACGAGAGCCAUAUGGACCCAUUUGUUAAUGUAUCGACUCGUUUGACUAGGCACAUGUGA